AUGGCGGGCAUCGCCGGAGACGCGCCUACGAAAGAGGGCCCCGCCGCUGAAGGCGCGAAGGAGGUGCCAGCCGUCGCGUCGGUGCCCACACCCCUCCGUGCCGAGGCCGUGCCGCAGCCCGCCAACGUCAUCGCUGCAGCCAGAAGCCGCCUCUGCGCUGCGGUGACCGGAAACGUCGCCUCUUUUGAGCUGUCGUUGGAGGAGUUCAGCGCGCUCAUCGGCGACGGCGGGAAGGAGCUUUCCGACGCCCUCUCCUCUGGAGGGCCGCGGACCGGGGUGCUCGAGGGUGCAGCCGUGGAGCGGCACCUCGGCGACAGUCCCGCUGCCGCGGCCAUCGGCCGUAUCACGCUGGAGCACAACGGCGCCGGCAGGGCGAAGCUGACGUCGGAGCUCGCCAAGGGGCAGAGCAGCCUCCUCGGCAGCCUCGCGGCCGUUUCGAAGCGCGGCGCCGAGGAACUCACGGCGAAGGAGGCCGCUGCGGCCGCGGCGAAGGCCAGCCAGCAGAGCCCCUUCGUCAUCGAGUCGGACGAGGAGGAGGAGGCUGCGGCGAAGAGGCCGAGGGCGGCCUGA